UAACGUGACUGAAACAUGCUUGGUUUUAACAUGGCUGCGCCCUCAGAGAGCACGGAUGCAUCACUCUCAGUUGCUACAGGCCAAUCGGCAACUGUUUUAUCUGCGGAAAAUGUUCCACUACAGUAUAGUCUUCUUUUGGAUCACCUUAUUGGUGACAAAAGACAGAUUAAAGACUUGAACCCGACCGUUAUGGGUGCUUUACCGAGUCCUCGGAAAACAGAGGAGGAGAAGAUGAUCGAGAGGGGAAUGGAGAGCUGCGCGUUUAAAUCACUCAUAGCAUGUGUCGGAGGGUUUGUGUUGGGAGGAGCUUUUGGUGUCUUCACAGCCGGAAUUGACACUAAUGUUGGUCUUGAUCCCAAAGACCCCUUAAGGACCCCUACAGCAAGGGAGGUGCUGAGAGACAUGGGGCAGAGAGGAAUGUCAUAUGCUAAAAACUUUGCCAUUGUGGGUGCAAUGUUUUCAUGCACGGAGUGUCUCAUAGAAUCACAUCGUGGGAAAUCUGACUGGAAAAAUGCAGUAUACAGUGGAUGUGUUACAGGAGGUGCCAUUGGGUUCAGAGCUGGUCUUAAAGCUGGAGUUCUGGGCUGUGGAGGUUUUGCUGCUUUCUCUGCUGCCAUUGAAUACUAUCUCAGAUGAACAUCAGCUUCAGGACUGUUACCAUGUACUGUUGUGUAUUCCUCACAGUAUAUUGGAAGACAUUAUCACGGGGGUGGACAUUGUGCAAUCUUCCUCUCUGCCACCAAUCAAGAGGUGUCCCAUCCCUCCAGAAGAGAUUAGGUUGCCUGAGUGGACCAAUAGGACAACAAACUCGAGCAGAAGUUUCGUACAAUCUAAGGGAUGUCUUGACCUUUCUGUCUCAGGCCAUCUGAUGAUCUGAAAACCUCCUAGGAUAUUAUUUGUACAUAAUUGUAUUGAAAAUGUUAUGCUUUGUGCUGGUUGAUCCUCUGAGCGAAGCAAGAUAAAAUGUAUAGUGUUACACCUUAAAAAUAAAAAGUGGCAUCAAGAAUUUAUUGAAGUUCGUAGUGUAAUGGGUCAUAAAUUCUUUAGAUUUUUUUCACUUGUUGCCUGUGUUAUGUUGUGUAUCAGUGAAAUGUUAACACACAGCUUCUUAGUAAACAAAGGCAGCUCAGUUUAAAAGAAUUCACCAAAUCAGAUUUAUUUUCUCCAAAGUGGUGUUUGGAUUUACAAGUUUCAAGAAAAUAAGCUCAAUCAAGUGUUUAUAUUAGUUUCACUCUGUAUCCCCUUUCUAAAAGGAGAGUUCUUAAAAUGUCAUCCUACAAACAAACAGAAAACUAUAUAUUUAUAUGACAUCUGAUAUAAUAUAUGUGUGAAAAUCAAAAUGUGAUCAAAAAUAAGAGGCAGGGAGUGCUAAAGGUUGUGCAUUAGGAAACCACAAUGAAAUCAUGCUUUGAGGUCAAGCUGACAUAGCAAGGAAAUGAGUUUUCCUCAGCAGGAAACGGAUAAUGCAAACAUGCUUUCUGGCUACUUCCCAGUUCUCUGAAAAGUUUCCUUUCCCACUGGCCUCUAAACAAGAGUUAAUAAUGCUGAAUUGAGUUUGGAGAUGCAACC